GUUUGAGUCUUUCACAGCUGAACAUGAAUCCUCUCUGUGAACGCAGUUGAGAAUAUCUGAUUUUAGGAAGAUGGACCGGAGGCUUCCGAGGAGGCGAUGGACGUUGGCAGGGCAGGUUGUUUGUCUGUUCUUGUGUGCGUGCGCACUGGACCGGGUUUUGGCGCAGAUUCGCUAUUCAAUUCCCGAGGAGUUGGAGCACGGGGCUUUCGUUGGAAAUAUAGCAGAGGACUUGGGUUUGGACGUGGCCAAAUUGUCUUCCCGGAGAUUCCGGAUUGUUUCUGGGGCAAGAAAACAAUAUUUAGAGGUGAAUUUGGAGAACGGGAUUUUGUUUGUGAAUGAGAAGAUUGACAGAGAGGAGCUCUGUGAACAAAGUCCCGUUUGUUUCUUGCACUUGCAGGUGGUUAUUGAGAACCCGUUGGAACUGUACAGGGUAGAGGUGGAGAUCUUGGAUGUGAAUGAUAACGCUCCCAGUUUUCCGUGGAGCGAGUUUAAUCUGGAGAUCACGGAGUCUGCUGCGCCUGGCUCCCGGUUCCCUCUCGAGAGCGCGCAGGAUCUUGACGUGGGCUCAAACUCUCUCCGCUCGUACUUACUGAGCGCCAAUCAACACUUCCUGCUGGACAUUCAGACCCGUAACGAUGGCAGCAAGUUCGCCGAACUCGUUCUGCAGUCUCCAUUGGACCGGGAGCAGCAGAAGACGCACGAGAUGGUGCUCACGGCCGUGGACGGUGGUUCCCCGUUGCGCUCUGGCACGGCUCAGAUCAUGGUAACUGUGCUGGACGCGAAUGACAACGUACCCGUGUUCGACCGCUCCGUAUACCGGGUCAGCUUGGUGGAGAACGCACCGAGGGGGACGCUUGUGCUCAAACUGAACGCCACGGACCUGGACGAAGGCGCAAACGGCGAUAUCACCUAUUCGUUCAGUGGGCACGCGCCUCUGAAGGUGCGGGAGUUGUUUAGCGUGGACUCUCACUCGGGUGAGAUUCGGGUGAAGGGAAUCGUGGACUAUGAGAGGGCCAGCGUGUACGAGCUCUACGUGCAGGCGAAAGACAAGGGUCCCUCCGCCGUGGCCGUGCACUGUAAAGUGCUGGUUGAUAUUCUGGACGUGAACGACAAUGCGCCUGAGGUCAUAUUAACCUCUGUGUCAACACCUGUUCAGGAGGACGCGCCGCCGGGCACAGUGAUAGCUGUGAUCAGCGUAAUGGACCGCGACUCCGGAGAGAACGGAGCUGUGGAUUGCCAGAUCCCCGGAAAUGUGCCGUUCCAGCUGCACUCCUCUUUUAAAAACUAUUACACACUUGUGACUAGCGAGUUUCUCGACAGAGAGUCUGUCUCGGAGUAUAACAUCACCCUCACGGCUCGCGAUCUGGGCUCGCCGCCGCUGUCCACCAGAAAGACGAUUCUGGUUCAAGUGUCUGACAUUAACGACAACCCGCCGCGCUUCAUUCAGCCCUCAUACACUGUGUAUGUGACCGAAAAUAACGCCCCGGGCGCUUCCAUUUGCUCGGUGACCGCAUUCGAUCCGGACUCUAAUCAGAACGCGUAUUUGUCCUACUCCAUCCUGGAGGGUCAAAUUCAGGGCAUGCCCGUGUCAACUUAUGUCUCCAUCAAUUCCGAUAACGGCAACAUCUACGCGCUGCGCUCUUUCGAUUACGAGCAGCUCCGGAACUUUCAGAUCCGCGUGCAGGCGCAGGACGCCGGUUUCCCGCCGCUCAGCAGCAACGUGACCGUCAAUGUUUUUGUUCUGGAUCAGAACGACAACGCACCGGUCAUCCUGUCACCACUGCCGAGAAACGGCACCGUGGCCACUGAGAUGGUGCCCAGAUCGGUGGAUGCUGGAUACCUUGUGGCUAAAAUCACGGCACUCGACGCGGACGCGGGGCAAAACUCUCGCCUGUCAUAUCAGGUGCUGCAGGCGACAGAUCCCGGGCUGUUCAGCGUGGCUCUGUACACCGGGGAGAUCCGGACGAUCCGCCGCUUCGUGGACAAAGAUGCCAUUAGGCAAAGACUCGUCAUACUCGUCAAGGACAACGGGCAGCCGCCGCUCUCGGCCACCGUGACCAUCAUUCUCUCGGUGGUGGACAGCGUGCCGGAGUCGCUGUCAGAUUUCGGUGACCUCUCGCUCAGCCCUCAGCCCCCGUCUAACCUCGCGCUCUAUUUAAUCGUGUCACUGAGCACCGUCUCGCUCAUCUUCCUCGUGGCCAUCAUCGUUUUGGCGGCCGUGAAAUGCUAUAAGGACCACGACUCCCUCGGCGGCUACGCGCUGUCCUCGCUCGGUGCCGCGUGCUGCAGCUUCGAACCGGAGCCGCCCGCCGAGGUGUUCAAAAAGUCCAAUCUCAACCUGCAGAUCUCCACCGGCGCCAAAGUGCCCACGAACUGCGUGGAGGUAAACAGCAAUCCUGGAAAUCUCUCUCAAGCGUACUGUUACAAAGUGUGUUUAACGCCCGAAUCUGCAAAGAGCGACUUUAUGUUUCUCAAGCCUUGCAGUCCCGGCACACCGAGAAAUAACGCGGCGAGAGGAGCGGAUAACCUGGCGCUGAGCUCACAGAGCCGCUGCUCAUCCGUGAACAACGGGGCGACUACACCGAACGAGCUGAAACAAGCAAACACUGACUGGGCCCUCACCAAAAAUCAAACCUCCUCUCUGAAAAGUUGUAACUCUGUGAACAUGGAUGGCACUCUGAUGCGUAAAGCCAUGCAGGCCGAACCAGAGAAUUAUGUGGGUCAAAUGGCUGCCGGACAGUACUGGACCUGGGGAACACGCUCCAAAGAGUACCGGAUGCAUUCUCCAGCAGGUGGGGUUUCUCAGAGGGCAUGGACGCCUCACUACACCCCCCCACACAACCCCCCCCAUCACCAGCAGCACCAGCAGCAGCAGCAGCAGCCCGCGGCACAGACCCACACGCACCCGCACCCUCCGCCGGACUACCAGCACAACGUCUACAUCCCCGGGACACCCUCCGGCUUCUGCACCCUGAGGCCCGUCUACCGCAGCGAGCUCGACCUCCACAACUCAUUCUCCACCUUCGGCAAGAAACGCAGGUUCAUCUCUCCCAGCAGCUAUGACCCGUGUGACGACACGGGGGCGGAUGUCAUCAACAAUGACUUAUACAACGAAUAAAACAAGAAAAAGGACAAAAAGAGUGACUUAUUAUUACCAAAGCAUAUAGCACUCAUCAUGUAGUCUCCGCCUCAGAU